AUGAAGAGAAAAUAUUCUAAUUCUGGAGAAUCUGACCCCCCACCUUCAAAGGAGAAGAAAAGAAGAGAAGACCAUGACGAAGAGGAAGAAGAAAGCCAGAAGGAGAAGAGAGAGAGGAGUUUGGAGGAACAGCUGCCAGAGAAGGGCUGCAGGGAGGAGAGCAUACCUUCUGGUUUUAAAGAUUCAGACCCUGAGCCCUCAAAGGAGAAACGGAGAAGGCAGGAGACUGAUGAAGGAGAAGCUGGACCUGUGAGUGCAGAAGCUCAACCUUCAAGGCUAAACCCGCUCAGUAUCUCCAGUUACAACUUCUACUCUAAGUUGGGAGCAGGAGGAUACGGCAAAGUAAUGCUGGCUUCGUUAGGAGACCGGAGGCCAUAUGUGGCUGUAAAAUCUGUCCGCAAACAAGAGGCCCCAAAUUACAGCAACAUUCUCUCAGAGUCUCAAGUGCUGAACAUCGCCAGACACAGCCCAUUUCUUUGCCAAGGCUAUGCCGCUUUUCAAACCCAGUGGCAUGCCUUCUAUGUAAUGGAGUACCUGAGUGGGGGAAGCCUUGAGGAUGAGCUGAAGCAACACGGGACACUGUCCAUGGACAGAGUACGGUUCCAUUCUGCGGAGAUGAUUUGCGGCCUACAAUACCUGCACGGCCUCGGGAUUAUCCAUCGAGACAUCAAACCCAUGAACAUUCUAUUGGACCAUCAAGGACAUGUUAAAAUCGGUGACUUCGGCCUGGCAAAGCAGAGCCUCUUUGAUGGAGACCUAACAACUGGCUGGGCCGGAACCAUAGAAUACAUGGCCCCGGAGAUCCUGAACAGAAAAACAUACAACGCAGCAGUAGACUGGUGGUCAUUGGGCAUCACCAUCUGCAAAAUAGCCACUGGCAAGUCACCGUUUCAUAACAGCGGGAACAAGAAUCAGCUCAUUAGUUCCAUCAAAGACCAUGAACCCAAGAUCCCUGAUUGGCUGGAUGAAGAUCUAAAACAUCUUCUGGGGCAGCUGCUAGAAAAGAAUCGGAAGCAACGCCUUGGUGUUCGAGGAAACAUCAGAUGCCACCCAUUCUACAAAUCCAUCGAUUGGGUGGCGCUGGAAGAGGAAAGAUUACAACCCCCUUACCAGCCGAGAACACCAUCACCUGAGCUAUUCCAGCCGUGUAAAGAGAAGCUGUCAUUCCUGGAGUACAAGGAGGAUGAAGGAACAUCAGGAGACAGGGACACCAUUCCCGGCUUCUCAUUUCAAAGUUCCACCUGGCUGACGUAAGUAUGGAUAGGCGUGUAAUCCAGCCAAUAGUAACAACUAUUCCAUCAGCACAGGUUUUAGCAGAUAGUGGACAUGAUUGUGGGCUGCAAGAACUUUUCCGCCUGCUGCAUAAAGGCCAGAUCAUCUCUUGAGAUUCCUGUUUCAACCAUCGGCUCCACCUUCACCUGGGAUUCCAUCUACCAGGGUAUGAGACUGCCGGGUAACAUCAGGCCUAGAAUUAUGAGGGGCAGUCACUCAUCUGGCACAUCACACGUAAGUAUAGGUGGGUAUCUUUAUGUGAGUGAAUGUGUGAGUGAACGUGAGAUAUGAAAGGAUAAGGGUGUAACAUGAAGGCAAAGCAGAGUCUAAGAUCACAGCCUGCGUUGUCUUCCUGCACAUCAUGUCUAUGGAAGCCAUACCCUGUUAGUUAUGUAUAUAGUUCUGUAGUUCUCAUAGUUGUGUAGAAAUCCAGGUCAAGGGUUUUUUCCCAUCUGAAGUAAGAUGGGGUUUUUACCUUGUCCCUUAAGUUUUGAGGUUAAAUGAGCAAAGGGUGGGACAUAGACACGUGCAGUUUAAGCCUCGUUUGUUGUCUUUGUUUGUCACGUUUGUCCUGUUGUGUGAGGCGUUACACCCGGCGUGCCGGUAACAAGGUUGAAGCCUUGACGUGGCGUUACUGCUCACAUGUAUAAACAUGUGCUAAUUCAACCAAUGCUGAGAGUGUGAGUUAUGUAUUGUUUCAUUGGCAGAAUUUGUUUCACUUGCUCAUAACC